CGAACCAGACACAGGAGGAGAGAGACCUACACGCCAAGUUGGCCCAUCUCAACGCGGCCCUGGCCCAGGCCAACGCUGACGUCACAGAGGCCCUCCGUCUGGCCACUGAGACCCAGAGUACAGCGGUCAAGGCCAACUUAGCGGCGGAGAAGGCGAAGGAGGAGACACGGAGAAUACAGGAAGAAAUAGAGAAGAGGGAAAAGGCUGAACAGAAACGAAAAGAAGAGGAAAGUAGAAGGAAUGAAGAACAGAGACGACAGAAGGAGGAACAAGAAAGAAGGCUCCAAGAGGAAACGAAAAGAAAAGAAGAAGAGUGGAAGAGACGCGAGGCCCAGCAGGGAGAUAAAUCUUCACACACGUUCGAUAGCUGGACGCCCAUAGAGUACGAGCACGUGAACGAGCACGGUGAAACGGAAGUGACGUGCAUCGCUCGGGGUCAGCCGGGGUCAGUGGACAAGCACAGCUUCCAGUGUCACGUGGCCAGCGAGAAGGAGGCCCUGGUGACCUACUUGCCUAAUGAGGAGCUAAUUAGCAACGUCGUUGAUUUGACCUCACCAAGCGGGGAAGAGGAACUAAAGAGUCCAGUGUACGUGGCCAUACCUCAUGUACUGACCAGGACAAGCGCCCAGUCUAGGGAGGCGGUGGUCAAGGCGAUGGUCGAAGGGGAAUGGCGGGACCUUCCCACCCGUGACGUCACAUUUGACUCACACAAGGAUAUCAAGUUUGCACAGGCGGAAGUACGUCAUCUGACCACACUGAUCGUCAUGUCCAGAUUCAAGCGGGAUUACGUCACACUUGCCCCAAACAAAAGUCACAAGCUGACGUCAUCGUUUGACCAGAGGAUUACCUUGACCUUGGACAAGGACACGCUGACAAAGAAGGAGCAUUUUCUCUUACAGGUACAGCCCGUGGACACAGCCACAGUCCAAGAGUACAGGGCCCGAGAACCCAGCGGCAAGGGGCUCCUGACUAGCAGUUCCAUCGUCUACACGCAGUGGGAGACAACCUCGUUUAAAAAACAGAUUCAGAUAACCUUGCCCUGCCCACCCAACCCGGCAAAAGCCAAGAAAAUGGCACUGGCUAGGAAGCUGAAAGAGGAGAAAAUGAAACAGCCAAUCAAACCACAGGUAAACAUAGAGGACCAACAGAGAGAGAACAAGAGAGAGAAGAAAGUCGUGCAGGAGUACAAUGAGGCGGAGACCAGUCCUGCCAAGGUCACCAAGUGGUAUAUGGGGGAGUAUGGGAACACGGAUGAUGACGAAACCGACAAGCUCCACUUAGUCUACAUGCAGGCCGGACGUUGGGCCCUGGAGCCGGCGGUCACUUUCAAACAGCUCAAGGUGGACGUGCUGGGCUUUUCUCUGGACUACCCGGUGGAGAGGUUUAUGGUUCUGCGCACGCGCACUACGGUGACUGAUGACGUAGUACUCAACAUCGUCACGGGGCUGAACGACUCGUUGGGCAAACGUUUCGUGGAGGCUGUCAUUCGUCAGAAGACAGACAACCCAUUCGAGGUAGCGCUGCAGGUCACUCCCGUCUCAAGGCUGGACACUGUGGUCAAACAUCUCGCCCAGCGUGGGUUCGAAUCCGGUCCAGCGCCAAGCCAUGUCCUAUGUCUACAUGAAGGUGACCUGAUCGAGGUUGGGUUCAGUGGCAACAUUGAGUGCAGUGACGAGGUGCCAGAGACUCUCAUCUACAAGUCAAACGUACCCACAGUGGCAUUUUUCACCGUGAGGGAGGAGAACAGAUUCCGGCAGAAGGACCAUGACGUCUACAGCGGUCUGGUCAGCCUGACCCGGAAGUUCAUGGCCACACCCCAGAAGGGGAGGAAAGGUCAGGAUGACACGGAGCAGAGGGAGUGGAGGCGGGAACAGCUGUGUACGUUACAGGUCAAUAUACCAAAGUACCACAUAGAACCCAACACUGAGCCACUGAGGGCCCCGGUACAUGCCGUGGAAGCCCAGGGCCCGAUAGACAAAGAUCUUCUGAUGGACAUCGCUGACCAGCUGGGGGACGAGUGGAAGAAGGUGGCGCACCAUCUCGGUGUACACAGGGCCAGGGUUCAGGCCAUCGUGCGUAACGUGACGGUGGGGGAGAGGCCAGGACGGGAGGCCAAGUACGAGAUGCUGGUCACGUGGAUCAAAAGUGCGGCCAAGGCUCUCGACAAGGUGUCUGUCCUGUCCGCUGCCCUGGUCAACUCUGACCGCUACGACCUGGCAGAGACCGUCAAGGAGCGGGGGCGGGAGUUCAACGGGUACAGACAAGGUCACAUGACCGCCGUUAAUUAGGUCACGGCCUGAUGGAGACAAGCACUGACCCACAACACGGACACGCAUGCCUUAACUUGUUGUAUGAUGUAACAUCUCUUCUAGUGCUUAUUAUGUAUUCAUAUUUCACUAAUUAUUCGUUGAAACAAGCACAAUGCCUGAUAAACCUUGCCUUGUUUUAGACUUCAUUUUAAAAGAUUAUACUAGGGGUUCAAGUCACUGAGUCGAUUCAGCUCUAAAGGGUACCUGACUCACGUUAGGUUUGAUAGUGCGAGAUUACAAAAAAACGGAUGAACUGAACUUCACUUUACCCUUGAACCGUCAGGUUCGAAAGGGAAUUUUACUUACUUGCAACAGGGGUAAAAAAAAAUAAUAUAAUUCAAAGCAAACUAAUAGCAUUUUACCCCCGUCAAUAGUAUGCAAAACUAACAGAUAAAUAGGUAUUGAAAAAAAAAAUUCAACGCAAUCAUGAACAUAAUUCAGAAUUAUCAGUAAUUGAGACGAUGAUAUAAUAUGAUGAUCGAGGUUCCUUGUACUA